CAGCAUGUAAACAGUCCCCGCCGGGAGGAGCCCCGGGACCGGAGGGAGCCGCGCCGCCCGGCCCCGCCGCCUGCCCGAGAGCCCGCGGAGCCGCGCGCUGCCCGCCCGGGAGGAGGGCGCCCGAGGAGAGAGGAGGGCGGGCGGGCGGCGGAGGGAGCGGGAGGCGGGCGGCGCGCGAGGAGGCUGAGCGAGCGGCGGGCGCGGCGGGCCAGGAUGGAUUUCCAGCAGCUGGCUGACGUUGCGGAGAAAUGGUGCUCCAACACGCCCUUCGAGCUCAUCGCCACCGAAGAGACCGAGCGCAGGAUGGAUUUCUACGCCGACCCCGGCGUCUCCUUCUACGUGCUGUGUCCGGACAACGGCUGCGGGGACAAUUUUCACGUGUGGAGUGAGAGCGAGGACUGCCUGCCCUUCUUGCAGCUAGCACAGGACUACAUCUCCUCCUGCGGCAAGAAGACGCUCCACGAAGUCUUGGAAAAAGUCUUCAAGUCUUUCAGACCUUUACUGGGGCUUCCGGAUGCAGACGAUGAUGCAUUUGAAGAGUACAGUGCAGACGUGGAAGAGGAGGAGCCAGAGGCGGACCACCCCCAAAUGGGGGUCAGUCAGCAGUAAACUUCCGAGGGCUCCCACCGAGGAGAGUAAACCCCCGGUACCUGAGGUGGGGUUGCGUGCUCCUGGGUUAGCGUUUUGCGUUAGCACUUCGAAACAGGACGUCUGGCUCCCAGCAUCCAAAUUCAAACCAAGUACCUUUUUAUUGACCACAAAAUUUCUGGAAUGAGCUUUGCUCAGAAGUGACCUGAAGUUUACUUCCGUUUCCGUGGGUUUCUAUGGAGUUGUCUCGGUAGCCUUUGCCAUUUUGAAGUUAGAGUCCAUUUUGUGGCUGACCGUUCUCUCCUGAGUUUGUGUUGAAGAACUCACUUUCACUGACUCGAACGUAGAGAACUCGGAAUGUAUUAAGGAUUAUGUUUUGAGUCCUCACAGGUGACAUUAUUGAGGGGGAAAGCAUGGCAGAGAAGAAAUGCAGUCUGCACUUUUUACGUACUUUUUAAGUGUCCAUGAGUGAAGGAAUUUGCUUAUAAGGCAUGAGUUUUAAUACCUAGUCAUUAAACUGCACAAGUGCAAAUACAAGGGCAGAAAAGGAUAAUCACUUAGCUUUGGAUGAAGAGGGUAAGAGAGGCAAAGAAGCCUUUGCUUAAGUGUUCCGCCAUCACUAAGUUACCUGGAUAGAUUGCAGCUGGUUCAUGGUUAGGUGCAAACAUGACUUGCAUGUUCAAUUAUUUCAAAACAUGCUAAUUCCAAAGCCACUUUUAAAAUCUAAUAGCGGAAAAUAUAGAUGGGGUGACAUAAAUUAUUGAUUUCUUUAAAAUGUUUAUAAACCGUCCCACAUAUGAAAUGAAACAUUUACGUUCUCUCUUUAUAACCAGAUGGCAACUUGUUAAAUCAUGAAAACAUUCAGAAUCCAAGUGCCACUUAAACUUUGAAGCCAUAGAUAGAUUUAACGGGGAAAUAAACCAGGAUAAAUUUUUUUUUUAACGUGAUGGAAUCCUUCUUUACUUUCUUAAUUUGUCUUUUAUUCUUUAAAAAAGAAAAGUCAAGAAAAGGAUCCCACUGUAUAAUUUAUUAAAAAAAAAAAAACAAAUGUCAUCAGGUGCUUCGAGGAACCUAACUGCCGUGACUUUUUAAAGCGAUAGGAACAUGAGAAUCUUUCAGUCGUGGGUUAGCUUGGUUCAAAGGGGGGAAGUUCUAAUGAUCAAACUACUAAGACAACUCACAGAAACAACUACUUAAUAAUUGGAAACACUGCUGUCAGUAUUCAGCCAACAAAUAACGUUUCCAAGGGAAAUCCUUUGGAACGCUAAGGUGGAGUUAUUUAAAGUAAUUCAUUUUCUUGGACCUCUCUGCAUCUCUCGUGCCGAUAACUUAGGACGCAGAAUGCCUCUUCCACAGCCCUUAACUAAACGUAGCAUCUGGGGUGGGAAUUUUAACAUGCACACACAUGCCUGCGAGGUGGUCAUAGUUUGGGAUUAGAAAUAAUAAAAUUAGAAAUAAAAAAAGCAGCAGCAGCGGAGAGCACAGAGCUUAGGGGAGUCUUGUGUAUCUUCCAGGCAUGUCAGUGUCAACCUGCUUAGCUAACAUUUUCUGUUUAAUUGAUCGGUGCCGUGGCGAGCACGGCUGCUUGUGGCAGAACCGCGCGCUGCGGUUUUAAGUCAUCGGGUGAAACAAUGCGGUGGUUUCCAUCCGUGCUUCGGGACCCGCGUGUUUUUCCUUGCUCGGAAAAACCAGAUCGAAGGUUAGCCUCCAGUGGAAUGAUGUCCCUCCGAGUCGCCUGUUCACACGACACACCUGGGUGUUUCACCCAGCGGGGUGAGCGUAUCCCGUGCUUUGCUCCCCGUGUUCCGACCGGCCCCGUACCCGAGCGCGGGUGAUUGUGUUCUGUAGAUGCCACUCAGGUGUGGUGGCCUCUGUGUUGACACCGUGUUGACUCCACGGGCUGAAAGAGUAAGAACGACUUCUGCCACUGAAAUGAAGAAGCUUGACGAGGGACACUGGAAUUUUACACGGAGAGGCUCAAAAUCUGAGUUUCCAUAUGUUCGAACGUGGACGUUAAUAGAAAAAUGUAUUUUAUGAGAAAGCGUUUAGGCUUUGACCACAUGCGCUCUGGUAUUAUCAUGUUAAUGUCUCUGUUUAUAAAAACCGCCCCGAGGUCAGCUCAGCCGGUCACUGGGCUGAGGAGAAAUCUCGUCUUUGUUCUGCCCCCGGGGUUGAGGAUGCCAUUGCUGCAUGUUACUUAUUUCCAAGGCCAGACCACUGAAGGCAUCAGCGCAUCGGACUGUUUCCUCUCCAACUCCCUUUCCUCUGAUUGUGCACACCCACGCCCGUGCACACGCUCACGCCCACCUGGCUGUGCGUUGUGUGUGCGGCGUCAGAGCUCGCCUGGUGCAGAGCUCCACCCGGAUGGGUCAGCGAGGCAGGCCGCCUGCGGUGGUUGUCACGGAAGAGCUUCCAUAGUUAGACACAUUCCUGACUUUCCCGAACAUAGAACACUCACGAAGAGGCAGUGUGGUGCAGCGGAAGGAGCGCCGGCCCAGGAGUCAGGACAGAGACCUGGGUUCUAGUCCUGGCUCUGCCGGUGACCGUGUGACCUUGGGCAAAUCACCUAACUUGCCUGAAACAAGGGGUGUUUUCCCUUCCUGCUUCCACCACGGUCGCCCCAUAACUGCCUUAUGACGUGUGUGUGUGUGUGUGUGUGGAGAGCAACCGUCAAGGAAAGCUUUAGGGAAAUGAGAAAGAAAUACACUUUGAAUCACGCCACGAUGCUAACCUGAGGAUCCUGGCCACAGGACCACCUUGGAGUAUGUUUCUGUUGGUCUGUGAGUGUUGAAACCCCCUCAAGCGUGAUCCCGAGGGGCUGAUGACUUCCUGUCCCUUAGACAAGAGGGUAAAGUAAGGCUUCUGAAGAUCUAGAAACACACUUGUCCCGGAUAGGCAGGCUUCGUCAUUGGAAGGCAUAGCUUUUCCUUGUGCCCUGAUAGACGGUGGCUUCGGAAGUGGAAUAAGUUCCCUGAAGAGUAGCUGGAAGAGAGUGGAAGAGGAAUACUUUUGCUUUUUUGCCGUGUCAUCCAGUAGAAAGAAAAGCGCGAGAGAGAAUGUGUGUGAGUGCGCGUAGAUGUGCGAAUGGUGGUGGCCCACGUGUGUGUGGGGGGGGGGUGGCGAUCGGUGGCUUGUUGGUCAUUGUGGGCCAGCUGUGAAGUCAGGCCUCUGGCGACAUGAAAAAACCUUGAUCCUGGGUUUGAGAGACAUUUUCCGUAUGGCAACUGGUCCCUGUCUCUGCCUGAUGGUCCUACUGAGCGCACUUCGGGGAGUCGCAGAAUGAGUUAGGGAGCCAGGGAGGGAGGUGGGACCCCACGCGAUGCCCGCCAGCACCCCGGAUUCAAGUACACGGAGACGUCCCCUCAAGUCUCCCAGGCUCAUAGCAGCACGUAGGACUUUUUUUUUCUUUUUUUUUUUUAUGUGACUAGAACAUGAAAAGUCUUUGAUUUAGGAAUCCUCCUUGUGUCCUGGUUGCCAGAACUAGGUUUCGUGUCCUUCCGUGAAAAAUCUCUCUCCUCUCGUAGCUACUGUCAUUUUUCACACACAAAUGGAAACCCUUCCUCCAGCACAACUACGUCUCUAACUGUUGUGUCUGUCUCCUAAGAGCACAAAGUGGAUGGACCUAGGGGGGGGCUGUGCUUGCAGAGCAUUGUCGGAAUUCAUAUUUUAGAAAUCUACCUUGCACGUGAAAAUUCACAGGUUGGGAAACCGGUAUGAACACACCCGAUUUCCCACGGUGCGAGAGGCACAUGGGAACAGGCGGGACUUAAUCUGGGGCGGGAGGAGAUGAGAGAGGGAGAAUGGGAGAGUUAGGGAGUCCGAUUCUUAAAAGAAAAGAAAAAGCCCGAAGGCAGUUGUCACGUAAGGUACAGGAAGACUGUCUUCAUGGCAUUCACGCUAGGAGCCCGCUGUCCUCAAAGGGAUGGCCUGAAUGUUGAGAGGCGAGGCCUGUGUCGGGGGUGGCUUUGUGGCUUUGCAGAUGCCCCCCCCCCGCCAAGGAGACCGCGGGCGCGUCCUGCAAAUAUGGUGGAGUUUUCCUCAAUAAGCCAGCCGUCAGCCAGAGAAGCCUGUCUUCCCAAAGUGCCAACGGAUCUGAGGGCUCUCAUCACCUGGCAGGGGGAACGUGAACCAGACUGGAUCUUGCCCUCGGUGUGGAGGCGGCCAGGGGCUGGAGGGCAGAGCCCGCCCACUGACUCCAAGGUGCUUGAGGGUGGUAGAAAGAGCACAAUGAAAUCUCAAGGGGCUCACAGAUCCCUCUUCCCUAUAAUGAGUGUUCACCCCGAAGAGGUGCCCCGGCCUAUUGCUUCAGAUGACCAGAGAAGCCUGAGAGUUUUUUGUUUGGUUUGGUGUUUGUAAUUAAAAACUCAUCCUCUUCCACAAAGACCCAAUUAGUUGCCUUGGUUUUGUGACACCAGGUAUGACACGAAAGGCUGAAGUUGCUUAGAUUCUCUACAGCAUAUCUAAAACUUGCCAGUAUGCCGGGAGCCUCCGGUGUCCAUGGCAACGUCGUGUCCAUGGCAAAAUAUCUAUAGCUCGUGUUCCCCGGACAAAUCGUUAAAUAAUAUGUUGUCGUCGAUAUUUUUAUUUAAAUGCGUAUUAUAAAAACAGAGGGCCCGUGAGCGUUACAUGUGAGAAGCCUCAUGUAAAGCACUGUGUGGCCGAAUGGGCACAAGCCGUUGAGAGCGUGCACCGGGCCACACGAAAAUAAACAUUUAAUUUACUGAGAACUGGAUUCAAAUUCCUCGGUACUGCAGAGAAGGCGGGUAGUCUGUUCUUUGUAAAACUGCCUUUCCCUGGUUUUUUCUUUUGUUUCGUUUUUGUUGCUGAAGAGUCAUUCUUUAAGUACCUUCUGAGAGCCAGAUGGAUAAAGACACAGAGCAGUACCGUGCACCCCGGUCGGCUUUUUAGAGGAGAAAGCAAAUCGUCCACCCCAGGGAAAAUCUGACACUAUCUGUGGGCCAGUCUUAACUGGUGUGUGAGAGCAGAGUUGAGUCAUCUACUUGAGAAGCAAAAUCAAGGAACAGUUUUGGGUUUCUUUUUCCUUAGGCAGAAACGUUUCAUGCAAGGUGUGUAUGCUUUCUUUGCCUUUAUAUUUCCUUUCCGCGGAAUCUCUUGUACAUUACAAAACUGUGAAAUGGGUUGCCAAAAAAUUGUUGCCCUUUGUUUUAGAUGCCUCCGGCAGUGUAAAUCCUAAACCGAUCCCUGUCUGCAUCUGCACCUGCCUCUCUCCCCUGCGAGAGAGGAUCUCAUCCACCCAUGUAGUUACCAUAUGCUUGCUAUUAAAGAGCCUUCCAAACUA